UAGGGAGAGGCAAUGGUAUAAAACCCCUUGGGCACAGUCCAGUAAAGCUUUAGACCUACAGGAGACUUAAAAUACACCUGUGUGUCACCCUGCCUCGGUCAACCGCUAUCCUCUAACAAUGCAUUCGCGAGCCUUGUUCACUCUCUCAGUUUUUGCCCUGCUGAGUGUUGUGUUUUCAGCACCAAUAAACGAUGGAAAAGACCCUGAUGACAAAGCUACAGCCAUGCAGCACCACGCAAAUGGUGUCAGUCACUCAUCCACUCCUACCCCUGAACAUGCCACAGGUAUGACGGGUGCGGUGGACUCCUCAGCUGAGCACACUGGAAAAGAUGCUACGGACUCCUCUGACAUCACAGACAAACCUGAUGCUGGACACAGUGGCAGAUCCGCAGACAAAAACAGUGGAGAGACAACCAUGGAUGAUACUACCAGCGGACCCAGUUCCCGAGAUAUGAAUACAAACCCAGACAGCAAAGAAACAGACCCUGCUGACUUAGGUGAUACCUCAGGUGUGACAGAACAGGCUGACUCACAUGACCAAACAGAUUCUUCUACCGGUGAAAAAACAUCAAAAGAAGAACACAAAGAUGCAGAUGUCCAAGAUAAAUCUUCAACAGAAGAUGCAGAUGACAGAGACACAGUGAUGUCAUCACAUGAUGAUGAAGAUGACACCAUAAAAGCUGUCCAGGCAGACUCUGCAGGUGCUGAUAGUGCAGAUACAACAGACGUGAGCUCAGAAACACACGGAUCUUCAGACAAGGGCUCAACUGAAGCAGAUGCCGACGACAGCACUCACCAGAGAAGUGGAGAGGACACCUCCGUGUCCACGGGCGGUUCAGACAAACAUCACCAGGAGGAUGACAGUGCUCACGAUGACAGCAAAGAGGCCGGGGAUGACGGGCACGACACGGACGACACGGCACACCACGACAGCAAAAAGGACGCUGACAGUGAUAGUGACAGCAAAGAAACUGACACUCACACCGACAACCACCCAGACAAAGACAGCGGCACCGACAGCAGCAAAGAAAACACCAAGCAUGAGUCUGACACCGAUGACCAUUCGGACAAAGACAGCUCUGACACCGAUGACCAUUCGGACAAAGACAGCCACUCCGACAGUGACAACCAUCCGGACAAAGAGGGCGACUCUGACGACGACGACCAUCACAACAAAGACAGCGACGACGACAGCAAGCAGGACCACGAUGACAAGCCGGACAAAGACAGCCAUGAGAAAAGCGAGAGCCACAGGCUAACUCCGGAAGAGGGAGGGGCAACCGGCAGUCAGGAAGUCUCCUUCGCCAGCGCAGAGGUGGGGCCGGCAGUGGGCAGUCACGAUGAGGGACACGUCUCGCUAACGGAGGGUGGGAGCGUCGGGAGUCACAACGGCGGCGAGAACAGCAGCGAAGACAGUGCAGAUAGCCAUGACACAGACAGUGACAGCAAAGAGGACGACCAUGACACAGAUAAGAGCGAGGAGUCCAGCAAGGCCAGUGAUCAGGACCAUGACAGCCACGAAUCCAACGCCGCUAGCAAGCAGGCUGAGGACAGCAGCAAGGAGCAUGACUCUGAUGAUCAUGACAGCACGGAGACCUCUAAACAAGACUCCACCGAUUCAGAUGCCACCAGCGAUGAGGAUACCAACACAGACACAGACAAGCACACGGACACAGACGCAGACAAGCACACGGACACAGACACAGAUACGAACAAAGAUGACACGGCUGGUUCCUCAGAUGACAUGAAGAAGUCCUUUGAUGCAGAUGGAAGUGAUCUCAAAUCACAAGUCGCCCCCGAUACACCAGGCGAGCCAGAUCAUACAGAUGACACCACACAAGGCGUCUCGCAAGUCGCUGAUGCUGGCAUCACCAAUUCUGUGCAAGCAUCCUAGCACUAUGGCUUGAUGCCACUGGAUGCUGGGGACCUUGACUUUCUACAGAAGCACAAUAAGACUCAGAGAAAAGGACCGAAGCCUGACAGUCGAGUCUUCAUAAUAUGACAACCACAAGAAUAUGAAGAAACACCUACUUUACGUUCCUUGUCUCUUUCAUCCUGUAACAUGUUGAAUGCAUCUCUAUAGGGUUAUGGGAAAGUGUUAAAUUAUUCUUCUGUUAAUGUAAAUGACUUUUCGCACACUUUCAGAUUUCAGCUUGCUUGUUGUUCUUUGUGACUAACAAAUUAGUGGAAAAGGGCCCAUUGCUUUACCCAGCCCUGUGGUGUUGCAUAUGCUUUACUGAUUGGUGAUCAAAAGUGUUCUUUUAGGAUGCAAGUACGAAUAUUGGCAGUAUAUAGAUACUGUCUUUAAUUAACUCCAAUCUGCCAGGUCACAGCCAAAAGCUAAACACAUCAUUUUAAAACAUAAAAAUAAGCUUUAUUGGAAACACAAAAAAAUAAAUCCCCAAAAAAAAUGUUAAUACAGAUCCCAGAGCCUUGCCAUUAUGAUUGUUUAUUGCUAUUUUACAACAAAUAAAAUCACAAAGUAGUCAAAGUAGUCAAAUCCAGAAAAGUUCCCUUCAAUGUGAACUUUUCAAAUCUUUAAGGCUGGACUAAAUACAAUGCUUUGAUAAAUUCUGUGUGUGAAAUCACAAACACAAUUCUUUAUUUGUAAAUGGUCACCAAAUUACCGAAAAUGUGGUAUCACUUAUGAGUAUGGAGGCAUUUUUUUUACAGGUUUUGGUUGUCUGUUGUUUUUCUGAUUAUGUGAAGCAUUUUAGUUUAGUUUAAUAAGUUUUAGUUUAACACUAUGCACACAUGGACCUUGGUUUUAAGACAGGUAAUAUGCUGCUAGAAUUAAAAUACAUUCUAAUAACUACACAUAUGUUUUGCAAUACAAGCUCAUGUAAACACACAUGCAGUGUACAUACAUGUCAUGUUAUAAUUCCCUUUGCCCAUGUCUCUGAGGAAGUAUAUUUGAUAAAAAUCUAAAAUUCUAACUCAAUGUCAAGUGCACUGCAUUAAGUGAGUAAUAUUUAAAUGAGACUAAGGUAACAGAGGCUGUCAAAUAGACAAUGGUUAAAUCAUUUUUGAAGUGCAAAUGGAGGAACACAUUUAAUAAAAAAUUGAGUUGUCAGACAA